AUGAGAAACUUUUUCAGGCGAAGGAGCACUUCAGGAAGCCUGGCACAACCAGCGGAAAUGCGCCGUCGCUUCAGCUUGCCGUCUCACCAGGAAAUUGAGGUUUUGCACUGGAUGAAUACACCUCAGAAUGAUCUGACUCCACGGUCUGAGGAUAUUCUGCCCACCACGUCUGCGAGGCCCGAAGUGACACCGCAAGUGACAUCUUCAGACGUGGAGUCGGUUGCUCUUUCGGAGACCGAGACAUUGGCGUAUUCGCGUCAGCAGCGAAUGGAGCUACAGGAGACAUUUGACGAUAAUUACGUGGCAUACUUGCCAUUUGUCAUUCGGCGUCUACGCCAGGAGAGCGAGCGGGAAACUGCAGAUUCUACGGGACUUAAUGCUAGAAGUGCCGAAGGUUCGGGGGAUUAUGGAGCUAGCGCCGAGGAUCCCUUCGAUUCAGACGAUGAGAAGACAGUGGCCUCCUUAGUUGAUGAGCUGAAUCUUAUUAUGCGCAGACAAACGGCCGAGUACAACCACAAGCGGCUGAUGAUAGUGGUGUCUGAAUUCAUUAAGAAUACGACUUACGUGUUCCCUGACGCUGAGAGCUUUAGAACAUUCAAGUAUUUGAGGUCCAACAACAAGAGACUACGGAAGAACUCACUUAUUGUAUACGAGGCAGAUGGCAAAAUCAAGCGUAUUCUGGGAAAAGCGUCCGUGCCCGAGCUUUCUGGAUCCUCACUUGCCGCCGACAACAUUGUGGAUAUGAGGCAGCAUGUGAUUCCUUUAGAGUAUAAACUUAAAGGCUCGGGGCUUCCAUUGUUCAAAAUCCUGGUGCCCUACAUGUCGUCUUUCCGUAAGAGGGUGCCAUAUAUGGUGUUCCGCAAGUAUAAGGAGGUACCUGCGCCGCCAAAUUCCAGAACGGAGUCUGAGGAAGAUGAAAAGUACGAGACAUACGACUUCUGCACCGUCCACUUGAAGGUGUUCCAACAGUAUAAGCGCUAUGUGCUCCACUUCACACCUGAGAACGCAGCUCCAUUCAAAAUCAUAGCUUUCCAGAAUAAUUACAGACCCUUCACGGACUUCAAUUACAAGGGUACUCGCUUCAGGGUCGUGGGAUCGUCACUUGUCACGGCCUACUUAAUGAAUUACAACCCGGAGCUAAAGUUGAUUGUCAUUGACCAAGAGCAGACGUCUCUUUGUGAUCACAUUGUAAACCGACCACUGCAUCUGCACCGCCGGGCAAGUACGGUCAAUCAGGGUCGACCAGUGGCCAUCGAAGAAGUUGCUCCAGAGGAUCUCGACGAUCCUGUUCCUGACGAAAAUAAUAGAGUAUUGAAGGAAGACGAAGGUGGGUUCUUCCAGGUAAUUAAAAGAAACUACAUUCCCAACAAAAUGCCUCCUUUUGGUCGAUUCUUGGAUUCGUGUGUGUACCCAAUUGAGCUGCUGAUUCUCCCCAGAAAGUUCUCUGAAGUCGGAAAGAUUGAGCUUUACCAGCCACUUUCGGAAAAUACCCAUCCAGAUUUGACAAGCACAUUGUCAGUGAACAUGGACCAGUUGGUUCUCUCUACGGUACUUCUCAUGUUGCGAGAAACGGCUUUAAGAACCACUAACCGGUAUUCCAACGGCUCAUUGGUAAGUCGAAUGAGCACCAUUGGUGCAGCACCAGGCGUAGGUCCAACAGCUGGGAUCGGUUACUCAUAUACCGCUACAUUGUAG